AUGGCGGCUCAUGUAUACCGCCAUAAUGUUCUUCUCAUGUUUCUAUUUUCUUUUCCAUUUUUGAACAGAACAUUUGCACAAUUUGGGUGGAACUCAGUUAUAAAAGAGCAGAAGUCUUCACAAAACUGGUUGAACCAUGGUGGGGACUUGUAUAACAGGAGAUAUGCUGAAAAAGAGACUAGGAUCAGCCCUGAAACAGUUUCCAGGCUGCGGUUGAAAUGGGAAUUCUAUGCAGGCAAAGACAUAACAGCUACACCUGCAAUUUUCAAUGGAAUCCUUUAUUUUCCAAGCUGGAAUGGAAACAUCUAUGCUGUUGAAGCAGCUGAUGGAUCCCUUGUUUGGGAGAAAAACUUGCAUGAGUUAACUGGCCUUACCGGUACCGGUUUUCUUAUCAACGUUAAUUGGACAGUUGCAAGAGCAACACCAACCAUAGCAGAUGACUUGCUUAUCAUUGGAAUCUCUGGCCCUGCUAUUGUUAUUGCUGUUGAAAGAUUAACUGGUGAGCUUGUUUGGUCAACCCAGCUGGAUAACCAUGCUACAGGUGUUAUUACCAUGUCUGGAACUUACUACAAAGGGUAUUUUUAUGUUGGGACAUCUUCACAAGAAGAAAGCCUAAGCAUUGAGCAAUGUUGCACCUUCCGGGGCAGCUUUGCCAAAUUAGAUGCCCUAUCUGGCAGAGUCCUGUGGCAAACAUUUACUCUACCUGAGAAUUUUGGACAGAAGGGUGAAUAUGCUGGAGGAGCUAUAUGGGGAAGCAGCCCGUCAAUUGAUAUUACCAGGAACCUAGUCUAUAUUGGCACAGGGAACCUGUAUUCAGCUCCUCUUCGUAUACGCCAAUGCCAAGAAGCCGAAAAUAAUCAAACAGUACCAACUAGUCCUGACAAGUGUAUUGAACCGGAAAACCACUCAAAUUCAAUCCUAGCUCUUGAUUUGGACACUGGAACGAUCAAAUGGUAUCGUCAGCUGGGGGGCUAUGAUGUAUGGUUCUUUGCCUGCAACAAUCUUUCAACCCCGAAUUGUCCUCCUGGUCCUAACCCCGAUGCUGAUUUUGCUGAGGCGCCAAUGAUGCUAAGCAUCAAUGUCAAUGGGACUAAGCAAGAUAUUAUUGUUGCCGUUCAGAAGAGCGGAUUUGCUUGGGCUCUAAAUCGUGAUAAUGGUAGCCCUAUUUGGUCUACUGAGGCCGGACCUGGUGGCUCUGCUGGAGGAGGUACUUGGGGAGCAGCUACAGAUAAGAAGAAGAUUUACACAAAUAUAGCCAAUUCGCAAUUCAAGAAUUUCACUCUGAGACCAUCCACAACAAAUACAACUGCUGGCGGAUGGGUGGCAAUGGAUGCUGAUAACGGCGAAAUACUAUGGUCAACAGCUGAUCCUAGCAAUGCCACUGCUAGUGGCCCUGUUACCAUUGCUAAUGGUGUCCUGUUUUCCGGUUCAACAUAUAAACAAGGACCUAUUUAUGCUAUUGAUGCUGAAAAUGGAAAAAUUUUGUGGUCAUAUGACACCGGUGCUACUGUGUAUGGUGGAAUGUCUGUGAGCAAUGGAUGCAUCUAUGUUGGUAGUGGAUAUAAGGUAAGUUUUGGCGCUGUUAUUCCAUCCUUUUCUGCUGGAACCUCACUCUUUGCCUUCUGUAUGUCCUGAAUCUUCAAUGGGGUGAUAUUUGUCCCCAUGAGAAGGGGCUAUUCUUUGUAUUACUGUCUGUUUCUCUUUCAACUACCUGGAGACAGUGAUAUUCAUGCACCAUCAGUUUUUAUGUAAAAGAAAUUUAUCUAAUUUCUGGGAGAUAUUUUUAUGGCAAAGAUUUAUUAAUGAAAAGUCUCAUUUCA